AUGAAACUUUUUACUUUCGCGCAAGUUGGAAUAAUUUCCGUCUUCAGCUUCAAAUUGAAGGAAAUUGAAAACAGCUGCCAUGUCUGCUCAGAAACAAGGGAUCAUACAGGCGCGAUACUCAGCGGCAGCAACUGUUUCAAACCAACAUCAGAUUCCCUCAUUCCCUGCUCUGGCUUCUGCCUGGACAAAAUGAGCUUCGACUGGACGAUAAAUGGUCGCCAACUAAUCAAAAUCGACCGUUUCUGCGCCGGAUCAACGGAGAAAGAACCAACCUGUAAAUAUUACGAGCAAUCUGGCGGGCGAGCAAAAGACUGCCAAAAAUACUGUAGUGGACAUGCCUGUAACAAUGAUCUAAGCGCUGGCGAAAUUGACAGCGUAGGAAAAAUCGAGACUUGCUUGGUGUGUGCUAAUAUCAAUGGAGAAGGUGAUGCUAACUGCGAAGAAUCAGAUAAUUUGGAAUCAGAAGUCUGCCCGCCUUAUCUCUCAGAGGGAUGCUUUUCAGCGUUUUCUUCUUACAGUAUUGAUGCUGCACCUUUGGGAAAUACAACCGGAAAAGAAAUCUAUCGUGGAUGCUCUGCUUUUGCUCUAGAAUCCGGCUUUGAAUCGGUCAGUAGAGACUGGUACAAUGGCCAAUUUGCGAAAGCGAGGAGAGAGUUUUGCGACGAAAAUGACUGUAAUGACAAAAUUAUUGAUGUAAAUAUGUAA